UCUCAACUCUGCAAUAGAAAAAUUAUUCAAUAAAAUUGCGCCUUUCUGUCCUUUCUCCCUCGCUCCCUCACCCUCCGGCGGCACCCACUCUUCUCCGGCAAGCACGUACUCCCCUUGUCGAACCAUAUCCAGCGACGGCGAUAGACCCACCUGGAAGGCGGCCGACCCCCACGAACAUCCUUGCAGCAACCCUCUCCUCCCGGCGCGACUUACAAGCGAUUGCUUGAUUAUUUGCAGUAUAGCGGUCUUGAAGUUGCAGCAGCAAGGUCAAUGAGUAGCAACAUGGAAAGGCCGCAGAAAUCUAGACCUCCCGAAAUUGUUAAGUUGAAUGACGCAGCGAAAUUGGCAGCGGAGUUGAUGAGUAAGAUGACAAAUUGCGAAUGGAAAGAAACUGCAAAUGAUAAUAAAUCAACCGUGGUAGAGCCCGAAAAUCGACCUCCUAGACUUGGACUUGGAGCCAAAAUAAGUAGCCAGUUCAGAAAUGGACCUUCUAAUGACCCACUUGAUAGAAAGUUAUAUGCCAAGUUGGACGCUGGGAAAAAGCAAGCUGCUAGAAAGAUGUUGGAGGAUACUCCUGUACUUAACAAUGAAGAUGAUGACGACAACGAUGAUGAAGAAGAGAGUAAAACUGCCAUGUUCGAUAAGAAGCGAGCACCAACUCGAGUAACUAUGCCUCCUUUCUGGACCAAGAAAAAACGGAGGUAGUUUGUUUUUGUAGGUAGGGAAUAUUCUUGAUUAUCAAACCAGUGAACAUCUUAGUAACUAUGCCUCCUUUCUGGACCAAGAAAAAACGAAGGUAGUUUGUUUUUGUAGGUAGGGAAUAUUCUUGAUUAUCAAACCAGUGAACAUCUUAGUAACUAUGCCUCCUUUCUGGACCAAGAAAAAACGAAGGUAGUUUGUUUUUGUAGGUAGGGAAUAUUCUUGAUUAUCAAACCAGUGAACAUCUUAGUAACUAUGCCUCCUUUCUGGACCAAGAAAAAACGAAGGUAGUUUGUUUUUGUAGGUAGGGAAUAUUCUUGAUUAUCAAACCAGUGAACAUCUUAGUAACUAUGCCUCCUUUCUGGACCAAGAAAAAACGAAGGUAGUUUGUUUUUGUAGGUAGGGAAUAUUCUUGAUUAUCAAACCAGUGAACAUCUUA